GAGGAACCCCCCUCACACACACACACACACUGUUCUGCGUAAGCACUGAUGUUUGAGGUCACACACAGUGUUCUCUGCUAACAGUAAUAAUGAGGCCAAACCUAUCUCUCUCUCUGUCACUCCUAAUACAGUCUGACCCAUUGCCUUUCCUCUGUCCCCAUCCCUCACUCCCUCUCUCUCUCCCUCUCUUUCUGUCCAUGCCUCCUUUAUAACUGGCUUCUUACCAUCUCCACCACCACUCAUCCUCCACGAUUCUACUACGACAGUCAGUGUUUGGAGAACGGAUUGAAACAAACACUUAAGACACAUGUGCUUCUCCAGCAUAAGGAUACACUUUAACCGCAUCGCGUCUGGUUAGAGUUCACUGGUCUACUUCUUUGGAAGCCUACAUAGCAUAGAUAGUGUGAGAUAAAUAGAACUGCAAUAUGAUAAAAAACACUUUUAUAAAAGGAUAAAAAAGAAAUAUUCAUAACCUGCUUGGUUAAAAUCGCUGGCUUUUGGGACAUAUGAUUCUGCUGGAUCUAAUGAGUGACUUUAAAAGGUAAAUCUGGAUUGAUUUCUCUGUGGCCUGGGCUUUGAGCACAGGCAGGCUGGCCGCCGGUCCGAGCAGAGCGGCAGAAGACACGUUCUUUACUGAUUAUGAGGGGACAAUCCCCAACACAGAGACUAAGACAAUAAGACAGGAAGACCCACGGCUCCACACCUGCAGCGUGUCCUUCCCCCAGCACAAGACCACCUUGCAGACCGAGUGACAAGCAGUCUGAUGCCCACUGUCUCCUCUGUGAAUCACACGGGACGACUCCUCCUGCUGUUGCUAUGGGCAACCCACCUUUCCAUGGCGACCAACUGGCUUUCUCUGAUGCGGUUGCCGCGCUCUCGCCCGAUUUCAGGCGUUGGGUCAUGCGGUCGCCUGAGGGGUCUCUCGGCAGGGCAGGUGGGGGUGUGCCGUGCGCGGGGGGAGGUUAUGGAAUCUGUACGGAGAGCUGCAGAGAUGGUCAUCGAAGAGUGCCAGCACCAGUUCCGUAACCGUCGUUGGAACUGCUCUACUACACCUCGUGGCAUUAACGUGUUUGGUCGGGUCAUGAACCAAGGCACGCGGGAGGCAGCAUUCAUGCAUGCUCUGUCCUCUGCUGCGGUGGCUGUUGCAGUGACACGGGGCUGCAGCAGGGGGGAGCUAGAGAGGUGUGGCUGUGACCGGAAGGUGAGAGGGCUCAGCCCAGAAGGGUUCCAGUGGUCAGGCUGUUCCGAUAAUCUGUCCUAUGGUGUGGCGUUCUCACAGACGUUUGUGGAUGAGCCAGAGCGUGCAAAGGGUACGUCAUCAGGGCGACCACUAAUGAACAUCCACAAUAAUGAGGCCGGGCGAAAGGCUAUCCUCCACAACAUGCAGGUGGAGUGUAAGUGUCAUGGUGUUUCAGGCUCCUGUGAGCUCAGGACCUGCUGGAAGGUCAUGCCCCCGUUCCGGCGUGUCGGUGUUGUGCUGAAGGAGCGCUUUGAUGGAGCCACAGAGGUGCGUCUCACACGGGUAGGCUCACGCACUGCUCUACUGCCGAAGGACUCCCAGGUAAAGCCCCCGUCUGCCCGUGACCUGGUCUACCUGGCCCCCUCCCCAGACUUUUGCAAACUAGAUCCCGAAAACGGCAUCCCAGGGACAGCAGGACGCCGCUGCAACGGGACGUCACGCCUAGCGCCAGAUGGCUGUGAGCUGGUGUGUUGUGGACCGGGCUUUCGAGCCGGACGGGCUGAAGUGGUCCAGCGCUGCUCCUGCAAGUUCUCCUGGUGCUGCUCGGUCAGGUGUCAGCAGUGCAAAAACACUGUGCUCAUUCACACCUGCAGAGAGUGAUUGACUCGCUCGCUCUCUCUCUCUCUCUCACACACACACACACACACACACACACACACACAGAAACACACUAAGUCUGCAAUGACCCAGAUAUCCCUCUCACUUGCUUAUACACAAAAACACACAUAACUUCCUAAAAAGCCAUUUAAGAAAUGUUUAACCUAUGUACUAGAAUCCACCCCUUUUAGAUUAAUACUUGUAAACUAGUUUCUAGAGGUGGGGUUUCGGUUUGAAGCACAGCAGUGCCAUGCAUUGUUCAUGUGUUUCUGCAGAGUCCGCAGGCUGUGUUGGUAUUUUGACCUAUAGUAAUAUGCUUCCACCUGGUGGUGUAGUAGAGAUCUGCCUACACAGCCUUUUCUCCAGGAAUGAGUUAAAACCAGCUUUAAAAACAGAACAAUUCCUCUAAAGAGUCAUUUUGGAAGAGCUGACAAACUAAUGUGUGGAUUUCACCCAGUGCCACUGGCACACUGCAAAUGUAUCUCCAAACUCCAGACUCAGAUCAGCCAGCCACUCCUAUGCCAACACAUGAGGCCCAGCUCAGAUGACAGGGGGUUCAAAUUACACUGAAGAUCUCUCAGUGUGACAGUAGGGUCAAAUUACACUGAAGAUCUCUCUCACACACAAAGUAGUUAUUCUUAACUCAUACUGCUGUACCCCCAACCUACUUAAGAGUUAUGUGCAAAUUAACCCUGUUGCUUUAGUAUAUAAUAGCACUAUACAUUUAGACUAGGGUCAUUUAAAAAUAGCCAGUGCCUAUAAUUUCUCUUCAGUGUUACCCUCUGACCCUCAUUAUUUAUUUGAAUGCCACUACUGUUUGCUGCUGCAGCUGCAUGUUGUCUCUCUGCACACCUCACGUGUGAACGUGGUCUUUCUGCACGCCUGUCUCACAUGUGAGCGUGUUGUCUCUCUGCACACCUGUCUCACUGCUGUAAUAAACUGCUCUUCACACCCAAACGCUGGCUCGCUCUGUGGCAGCACACCUACCACCCGACCUAUGACUGCUACAUCAGUCAAUAUGACUGUUGCAGGAAUAGUUUACAAAUAUUUAUCCACUGAACAUGAUAAGUAGGGCUAAUAAAACAUCAGAGCUUUCAUGUGAGUUGUAUCACUUUUAUUACAAAUAUAGUGAGAUACAAACAUCACAGAGCUGAACUAAAGUUUUAAAGGCCAGUUUAAAUGUAUACUUUGUUUUUAAACUGUUAUUUAAAAAUAGCACAUUUCAAACUGUUACAUCAGUAAAUCACAAUCAAAAAAUAGGUCUAUUAAAAGGAAAACAAAAAAGGUUUCAAACCAUAUCACCUCUAAACUCAUUAACCUGAAAGGGAGAAAACACCUUUAUUACAGUACAUUAUAUUGAGGGCCUCACUCAGGAAAUGCUGCACCCUGUAG